AGAUGAUCGAGGAACCAGCCCCAACAUCUUGCGUGAAUGAAGUAACAUUAACCACAGAGAAAAACGAGAUUAGUCCAAAACAAGCAAGCUCAAGUGAAAAUGGACACUGUAAUGACUCCAACGAACGCGGGCGACUUCCUGGGUCAAGACCUGAUCUGUCAAAGAAAAGAAGAAGUGAGGAGCUGUCAAAUGAUGUUUUAGUUUCGUGAGCAGUCCCAUGGGCAGCCCCGCUUCAUACACGUGCACACCCUAUGUCUCGCC